ACCAAGGGGGCUGGCCUUGACCAUGUGACACACAACAGGCUGUCUUUGCCGCGCUGCAGAACCCAGUAGGUGUGUGUGUGUGAGACUCUCUCUGUUGGACAGUUCGGCCGCGGUCGAACCUAGCAGAGCAGAACUACUCGCCUGGGAGACUGAAGAAGAACUGAGACAGAAAAGAACGAUGGAGCUUUCCGCCAUGGGUGACCGCGUCUUUGCCGCGGAAGCCAUAUUGAAGCGCCGCGUCCGAAAGGGAAGACUUGAAUACCUGGUGAAAUGGAAAGGAUGGGCAAUGAAGCACAGCACUUGGGAACCAGAGGAGAAUAUUCUGGAUGACAGGCUCAUCCUCGGCUUUGAGCAAAAGGAACGAGAUAGGGAGCGUAGCGGUCCGAAAAAACGGGGGCCCAAACCCAAAAACCCGGCCACAAAGGCACGGGCCGCAAAAGGAGAACCAAGCAGCCGAUCCACAAAGUCCCGCCAGACGACAUUGCGCUCCUCUUCCUCUGCUCCCAGUCGAACGGCCCCUUCCUCCUCUACCUUGCCUCAUCCUUCACCAUCCUCCUCUUCCUCAAGUCUGGCCCCCUCCCCUAAGCUCAACUCCCUGGCCGCCACCCACAAGCUGAAGAAGGACAUCCAUCGUUGCCACCGCAUGUCCCGCCGCCCUCUGCCCCGCACGGACCCCAUGUCCUUCUCCAGCCCUGGCGGCUUCCCGUCCCGCCCUCACGUCUCUCCGUUCUCAGAGACCGUCCGGAUCCUCAACCGCAGGGUCAAGCCCCGUGAGGUGAAGAGGGGUCGUAUCAUCCUCAAUUUGAAGGUGAUUGACAAGCCGGGACGCGGCGGCUCAAGCAGUGGAGCCAGGAAUUUUCCAGGGGGACGCCACAACAUCCCCUCCCGUAAUCGCAUCAUCGGGAAGAAAGGAGAGGCUCCCUACAGACCUUUCCAGCCCCCGCUAAAGAUGCUUGGCUUCCCCAUGUACGGGAAGCCAUUUGGGCUGCAGUGCGGUGGUCCUCUGGCCUUCCAACCUCAACCUGGGUCCUGCAACACCAGGAACCCCCGCCCAGCCCCCUCCCGCUAUCAGGCUCCUCCUCCUAGCUCCAGUGCCUCUGAAGGAAAAUCUCUCCCCACUGCUGCUGCAGCUGAACCCUCCCAAUCCAGUGAGGCACCAGAAGCCCUUAAAGGUCCCGCAGACCCGCAGAAUACCCCGCCGCCUGCCACCCCUUCUGUCUCACCUACCCCAGCAACCUCACCAUCUUGCGUGGAAGGCGAUGAGACCCCAAACCCUUCCUUGCCUCAAGAUGCGGGAGGCCAACCCGAACCCGCGAGGGUGCCGGUUGAGGGGGACCCUGACUGGCACCCAGAGAUGGGACCGAGCUGCAAAGAUGUGGUGGUCACCGAUGUCACCACCAACCUGGUCACCGUCACAAUCAAAGAGUUCCCUUCUCCAGCCUCUGGUCCCGCGUCCCCGGCUUCCGUCAGCGCAGAAAAUGGUACUCCUGAGGAGCCUACCAUACCCAAGGACGGCUUCGCUCCUCCUCUUCGUCGAGUGGUCUCCAUGGAAACACACGGAGGAGAGAGCAGCUUAGCAACACCGCCAGCGAUGUCCGUGUUUGCAUUUACUUACGUUCAUAUAGUCAUUGGGCUCCAUCUCCAUAGCAUUAUGAAGUUCAUGGUGGUUCUGGUGGGUGCCGGCUCCCUGGCCUUUCUCGGUGCCGUCAUCUGCAUCUUCGCCAGCGUUUACCCCCGCAAACGCGCCGCUUCUCUCGGCGACAACGGCACCCUGACCUCGGAGACGAUCCUCCAGCCCCUGGAGCCCAGCUCGGUGGCGCACGCGGGACCGCUCGGUGCUUUACACGGCGCCGACUCCUACGAUGGAGGGAACGGGCUCGGCGGUAUGGGCUUGGGAGUCCCCAGUCUGAACGAGCUCAACCUCGGGGAGGAGACCGAUAGAGGCUCGGGGAAGACGUUCAGCUAUAGCCGCUUGAUCUGCACACCGGUUCCUCUCGGCGAUUGUAAGGGUAAAGACGAGAGGCAGCAGCCACUGGCAGACGACCCUCUCGCGGAUGACGACUGGACGUUUCUCCGCACCACGGCGGAGGAGCUCCGGCAGAUGGUCAUGCAGCAGAACGAUCAGAUUCUCAUGGACCAGAGGACCAUCCGGGAGCUCACAGGGAAGUUGAGCGAGUGUGAGAGCGGCUUGGAGGAUGAGAGGCCCGGCCCUGAGCGGAGCAUCGGGGUGUGGAGCGGCAAUCGGAGGGUCAUGGCCGGGGAUGAUGUGAGCUCCUCGUCGGCCUCUCAACUCCAGACGGCCCGCGCUGUGGAGGAGUUGGCCCGGGCCAUCAUGGACCUGAAAGAUCGAAUUGAAAAGCUGGAGGCAGAGAUAGGCCCAGCUGCCUUGAACCUCACUGACACAUCACCAGGAGCAAGCAGCAGUCAGGCAGCGGCCAAGCCUCCCACUCCACCCACUGGAGGCAGCAUCUCCGCAGCACCCGCAGCACCCGCAGCAGCAGCAGCACCACCAGGCUCUGGGGCUCGUCGACCCGCCUCCAAGCCCUCCACCAAGGGGUCUCCUGGCCGCAGCAGGGGCCCCUGGAGAGUGGAGGACCUUGAGGGUGAGCUGGAAAGGAAGAUAAAGAUGCUGGAGAAGGAGCGGCAGGCUAUGAGGAAGGAGACGCAGGGCCAGUAUGAGAAGAUCAACCAGGGCAUCGACACAGCCAACCAUCGUGUCACCGAGCUGGAGCACACGCUCACAGAGCCGUCAUUCCCAGACGGCUUCGUCCUGUCCUUCCCAAUGCGGACUAACUACAUGUAUGGGUUGGUGAGGAAGGAGAUCACAGAGAUGUACGCCUUCACUGCCUGUGUGUGGCUGAAGGCUAAAGAAGGAGGCAUAGGAACCCCCUUCUCUUACUCUGUGCCCGGGCAGCCCAAUGAGCUGGUGCUGCUGCAGGGUGUCCACAACCCUGUGGAGCUGCUCAUCAAUGACAAGGUGGCACAGUUACCCCUGUCUCUGCCUCAAGAUGAGUGGCAGCACAUCUGUGUCAGCUGGACCCUGAGGGACGGCGUGUGGAAGGCCUACCAGGGUGGCAAGAUGAAGGGGAGGGGUGAAGGCCUAGCAGCCUGGCACCCCAUCAAACCUGGAGGAGUACUCAUCCUGGGCCAAGAACAGGACACCCUGGGAGGUCGUUUUGAUGCCUCCCAAGCCCUGGUGGGGGAGCUCUCCCAGUUCAACUUGUGGGACCGUGUGUUGAAGCCCGCCGAAGUUGCCGCCCUGGCUGAGUGCAGCUCCUCCGUACUGGGCAACAUUGCUCCCUGGACCGACCUGGACGUCGACGUCUACGGCGGCGCCACCAAGGAGUCCUUAGACCCGUGCCACGCCGCUCAGAGAUCUAACCCCUCUGGCCCUAAACAGUGAGAUAGCGGUCACGUUUAAGUCAUGCAACAAGGUAGGGUGUUUGUUUGGAGUUAGAACGCUAAUAGGAUGGAGCUAAUUGGUUCUUUCGAGUUUUUCGUGUCGAUGUCAGUGUAUUUAGUUCUGCAGUAAGACUGAGGUGAGUUAGUGGAAGCAGCAAAACAUACCGAAAGUCAACCGUGUUGAUUGGUUUAACAGAGGCGAGCGAGUAAACCAUACCCAACUAGUCGGGGGUCUUAGCAGGUCUAGCUAGGAAAUAGCUAAGGAAGAGUUUUAAUUUGCUGUUGAUUGUGAUGAAACCGAGACGGUCUUCUCUGAAAAGACGACAUUUUCAACUCUGCGUAUGUGUAGCUUUUAUAUGGUAAAAGUUCCUCCUAUUGUUUGCUAUAAUACAGUAAAUACAGUACGUGUAUUAUUGUGUCAUGUAGCCUUGCUAACACGAUCUGUAGACAUGUAAAAGCGCCACUUACAGUAAUAACCAAUCUCGAAAUAAACACUUCAUGUCAAAACGCACCCCUAACCAAAAAAAAAAAAAGCUCCAUGAAAUGAAAUUGUAUAAACCAGAAUGUUUGUAUUUGCAUGUAAAGUAUGUUUUCAGCAUUAGUGUGCUUUUUGUGCCCCCUACUUGCCAAAGUACAAUGUACAUCUAACACGAUGACGACCAACGAGGACUUGAAUAUUCAUAUAUUAAUUCAGAGAUACAACCCAGUCGUUCUUAAUAUACUGUGAAUCCAAAAAAAAUAUGUUGAAAUUGCAAUGAUUCAGUUGCAUGUGAAUUUCUCUGUUCUACUUCUAUCUAAUAAACAACCCAUGUUGCCAAAGAAAGCUAAAAUGUAAGAGUAUAGCUUGUAAUUCAUUAGCAUUUUGUGCUAAAGGUAUAAUUUAUUUUUGUUUAAAAAUUGCAGUUACGCUACAGGUGCUACAGCUAUGCUAACCAUUUUAGCACCAAGGCACCCUUAUUGAAAUUUAUCUUCAUUUUGCUUGUAAAACUGCAAAAUGGUCACAUUUUACUCAGUAUAUUAGCCCACUAGCCCUGGUAGUGUAUUCAUAGCGAGCUAGCUAGCAAGGUGUUCCCAGGCCAGCUGUGAGACAUAAUCCCUCCAGCGUGUCCUUGGUCUGUCCCAGGGCCUUCACCCGGCUGGGCAUGCCCAGAACACCUCACUGGGGUGGCGUCCGGGAGGCAUUCAGAUAAUGCCAAACCAUCGAUGUGAAGGAGCAGCGGCUCUACUCUGAGAUACUUGUAAUAUUUCUACUUUAUUCUCAUUACAUUACACAAUUUUUAUUUUGGUACCCUUUCCGUUCAGUGUAUCCUAUAAUACUCGUUGGUUCCUUUUUGUUUUGUUAAGUGCCUGUUUGGGUCUCAAACGCCCACAUUGGGAGUCUGAAAUAUUUCUAUUGUUUUCUUUUAAUUGUCCUACUUUACUUUGUUUCAAGUGUUGUCUUUCUUUGCACCUUUUACUGCAUUUGGUAUUGUAAACUAGGUGGAUGAAACUUAAUAAAAGUGCAUAAUGAUGACAUUGUCGUGUUAUGUGGUCGCUGAUGCGAAGACGGGCAUGAUUCACUGAUCCACCCCCAAGCUACAUUUCCUGCCAUCUUUCUCUCCUUGUUUACUCGACCUCCCUUAUCGCCGAAGAUAUAUUUAAUAACCAGGCUUGACACACCAGAUGGAUGGCAAACAACAAAAAUCCACUUUUAAAGUUAGAUUUUUGCAUGAGGUCUAACAGAUGGACUCAAAAGACACACAAACAGGCAGAACACAAGC